UUAAAAUUCUUGCAGGUCAAGAUGAUGGGAAAACUUCAUUCAAAAGGAAGAACAAUUGAAGAUACUUUUCUCACCGGUCCAUCGGUGCUAAGGCGCCUUGAACUUGUUCUUUUCUCAGUGAGAAGCGAAGGAAGGAUGCUUUUCUCGGUGACAGGUGCAUCUUCCAUGAGAAGUGCGGCAAAGAUAACAUCACAGAGACUCGUCCCUCUCGUUUGAUGUUCUGGUUCUCCUCUCCAAUUACACCGACACUCAAAAGAUGGGGUGGUUGAUGCGAUUCCUAGCGGUGGUGGCUUCGUUGGCCGUCGGAGUUAAAUUCUCACCGGAGAUUUUUGAAUCAAGCUCCGAUGACCAGAAGUCUUCAACGGGAACAGCGAUCUUCAAGCUGGCCCAUCUCCUCGGCUUCGCCACUGCCUGGGGUGCCGCUCUCUGGGUCACCUUCAUCGGCAUCGUCAUAAUGUUCAAGAAUGUUCAGAGACGCCAGUUUGGUAAUUUGCAAAGCAAGAUGCUUCCUGCAUAUUUCACGAUGCUUGCAGUGUGCUGUGCCAUUUCUGUGGCUUCGUUCGGAUAUCUACAUCCAUGGAAGUCAUCAUCCACAAAAGAGAAGUACCAGCUAGGGUUUCUGCUAUCUGCCUUUGCUUUCAACCUCACAAAUUUGUUUGUCUUCACUCCCGUGACCAUUAAGAGGAUGAAACAAAGACACAGAUUGGAGAAAGAAGAUGAGAUUGCACGGUCCAAGAGCAAAGAAAUCGCGAAGGUUGAUUCAAACUUGGCUGCCGCGAGGAAGAAGUUUGGGAUAUAUCACGGCUUGUCGUCUCUUGCUAAUAUACUGGCUUUUAGUAGCCUUGCCAUGCACUCAUGGUACUUGGCUAAUAAGAUAAAUUUGUGAAGCCAAGCAUACCGCUCUCGGCAAAAUGUUGGUUCCGGUCAUAUUAUUGCAGAAGCAAGUAAAUUGUUGAUGCUUUUUCUGGGGAAGGGUGUCCUAAUGAUUUGCUGAAUGUACUAUUGAGUUCUGCACAGACGCACAUAUUGUCACUUGGAUAAAGCUCACACACUGCCUCGGCUAUGGCUGAGUUUUCCAUUUGCAAAUA